CCCAUCUUCCCUCGCCCCACUUCCUCCUCCCCGCCUCCCGACCCGGAAGUUCUAGUUGUGACCCGGCUUUCCUUCCCACAAUCCCUCACGCCCUUCCUUUCCAACUUGGGCCCGGCAGAAUGGCUCCCGCAAAGAAGGGUGGCGAGAAGAAGAAGGGCCGUUCUGCCAUCAAUGAGGUGGUGACCCGGGAGUACACCAUCAACAUCCACAAGCGCAUCCAUGGCGUGGGCUUCAAGAAGCGUGCUCCUCGGGCACUCAAAGAAAUCCGGAAAUUUGCCAUGAAAGAGAUGGGAACUCCAGAUGUGCGCAUUGAUACCAGGCUCAAUAAAGCAGUCUGGGCCAAAGGAAUAAGGAAUGUUCCAUACCGUAUCCGUGUACGAUUGUCCAGAAAACGUAACGAGGAUGAGGACUCACCAAACAAGUUGUACACAUUGGUAACCUACGUGCCUGUUACCACAUUCAAAAAUCUACAGACAGUCAAUGUGGAUGAGAACUAACCUGCUGAAUGUCAAAUAAAGUUGGAGAACUGCC